AUGAGCGUUUCACCAAUACCUACAAAAAAUUGUGUGGCUAGCAAUCAUAUGAGCAAAAGAGAUUAUCUUGAAAGUAUAGGGUCAAGUUCAAAAUCAAACUUCCAUAAUUUAAAUUUUGAAUCAACUAUUAGUUCAGAAGGUUCAAGUUCUGACAGUUUAAGGUUCAAUGUUCCAGAAAAUUCAUCCAAGUUCCCAUCAAUAGAAGAGUUCUUAAAUGAUUGUUUUCUUCAUUCUAUGAAUGAAUUAAAUAAUUUAAAUCGUAUACAACUAAUUAAAGAUUUCGAGAAAUACAUUGUAUCAUUACAUUCCCAAGAGAAUUUGAAGUUUUUAAUAUCCAUUUAUAAUUACGAACAUUAUUAUAAUAAGAUUUUCAAAUCUAUCAAUAAGUUAAAUACUACAAGUAGCAUGAGAAAGACAUCAGUCUCAACAUUAUUAAGUUCCAAAAAUUCCGAUUACAAUGAUACUUCCAAUUAUUUUGCUUCAACUAUCGAUGAUUUAAAAGUUGAAAAUGAAGAAUAUUGGGAAUCUUUCAAAAUGAAUAAUGUUUCAGAUGAUGAUAUUGAAUCAGUCGAUGAUAUUUCUGAUAGUGAUAUCAACUCAAUAAAUUCAAUCAUCAAUAUUGAUGAUCAAAUCUUAUUAACUAAGAAAUGGAAUACUAUUCUUAACAACUUCAUUCAUCAUGAUUCAAAGUAUCAAAUUAAUUUAUCAGGAAAUUGUUUAAACGAAUUACUUCAUCAAAAAAACAGUUUUCCUGAUCCUUCAGUUUUACUUAAAGCAAAAGAAGAAAUCUUACAAUUAUUAAACGAAAAUGCAUACCAUCCAUUCAUUAAAAAGAUCAAGAGUUGUAAAGAUACUACUAAGGUUGAAAUUUGUACAAACUGUCAUUGUUUAGAUGAAUCAAUUUCACCAAAAUCAUUAUCACCAAAAUUAAGAGACUUUACAUCCCCAAUAUUGUCACCAUCAGUUUCUUCAACCAACUCCAGUUUAAAGAAGAAGAAAGCCAAUUUUUGGAAUCACUUAAGAUUAAACAAUAGCAUGUCAAAUUCAGGUUCAUCAUUAAGUUCCACUCCUGAUGAUGAUAAAUCCAAAUUCAAAUUGUGGAAGAAAAAAUAG